AUGGCAGCAUUUUACAAGGGUUUCUCUGUUCGAUCUAAGGAGAGAAUCAUAUCUUUGCUACAGAAGAUGGUAGCUGAGCUAAUGGGGACUUUCAUAAUGAUGUUUCUGGGCUGCAGUUCAAUGGUAGCUGAGCUAAUGGGGACUUUCAUAAUGAUGUUUCUGGGCUGCAGUUCAGUAUUCAUCGACAAGCGCAACGAUAUAACAUUUGUUGGUGUGGCUUUCACAUGGACUGCAACCAUAGUGGCAAUGGGCUACACCUUCGGCCAUAUCUCUGGUUGCCAUAUGAAUCCGGCAGUCACCAUUGGCUUUGCAACUGCAAAACUAUUUCCAUGGAAACAGGUCCCAUUCUAUGCAAUGGCUCAGUUGACAGGUGCAACUAUAGCUUGCCUGAUGGUUUCAUGGCUAUUUAAUGGAGAACAAACUAGCUUAAUGCUGACACUACCUGGAGGGCCAAAUCCUGUUGGCAACCUGCAAGCAUUUUCAUGGGAGAUCAUCAUCUCCUGUAUCCUAAUGCUUGUUAUUCGUGGUGCUGGAACUGACCCUAGAGCGGCUAAGCAACUUGGUGGAAUAGCAGUACCUGCUGUGCUCUUCAGCAAUAUCAUCGCUGCUGGAAAAAUCACCGGCGCGUCGAUGAACCCAGCAAGGAGUUUAGCUCCAGCAAUUGUUACAAACAAUUUCAAGAAGAUUUGGAUUUAUUUGAUAGCACCUGUGAUUGGCACAGUAAUUGGAUCUGCAUUGUAUAAUUUCUUCAAAAUUUCCAUGAAUGUUGAAGAGAAGAUCUUGCCACAGCAAGCUAUUACAGAUACAGAUAACAACAUUGCCAUGGAGAAUUUAACACAUUCAGGAAACUCUCUGGAGAUUCUGUAA